GAGAUCAUCAUCAAGAUAACAAAUAUGUCAAGUGUCAGUAACACGUUGAUAGGAUUCUUGAACCUAUUGACACUCUUGGCUUCGAUUCCGAUCAUCGGCGGUGGCUUAUGGAUGGCCAAAAGCACCGCCACCUGCGAAAGCUUCCUCCAACGCCCGCUUAUGGUGUUGGGAUUUGUGAUACUGCUUAUAUCGUUAGCGGGUUUUAUAGGGGCGUGUUUUCAUGUCGUAUGGGCGUUGUGGGUGUAUUUGGUGGUGAUGUUGUUCUUGAUUGCCGCUUUGUUGGCUGUGACGGUUUUUGGGUUCGUGGUGGCGGGUCCUGGCGGCGGCGUCGAGGUUCCUGGAAGGACUUAUAGGGAGUACCACUUGCAAAAUUAUUCACCGUGGUUGAGAAAAAGGAUUGAGAAUCCUAAUUAUUGGAUGACCGUAAGGAGUUGCAUUUUGGGGUCCAAGGCUUGUGCUAAGAUCGUUACGUGGACUCCUGUUGAUUAUUGGACUCGAGACAUGUCUCCGGUUCAGUCAGGUUGUUGCAAACCACCAAGUGCGUGUAACUAUGAAGCGCCGAUGAUGACACAAGAUGCAGACUGCUACAAAUGGAACAACGACCCUAAUAUGUUGUGCUAUGAGUGCGACUCAUGUAAAGCCGGGGUGCUAGAGGACGUGAGACGGGAUUGGCAUAAACUCUCGAUUCUCAACAUCGUCAUGGUCAUGCUUCUCAUUGGAAUUUAUUUUGUCGGUUGUUGUGCUUUCCAAAAUGCAAAAAAGGCCGAUAGCUAUUACCCGCAUGGCCAAUCCGUAAUGUAUAAAACUCGACCUAAAUGGAAUUUCUAUUGAUAGGUCGUCAUCAUGAGCAAUGAAACUAGGAAUAUUUUCGAUACC